AAGGUGGGUGACCCAAAUAAAGCCUAUGUCCUAAUAAAGCCUAGUUUUUAAAUUUCCCGCUUUAUGAUUUCAAAUGGCCGCCAAUGUCUGUAAUAGUGUGCGUGCACAUUAACCAACGCACACAAGCACAGCCAGCGGCCCGUGCCGCGAACGUGUUGCAACCUGCAGUCGACAACAACUACGACGCGGAGCGCACGCCUGUUUUUAUAAAAUUCUGGCGGAGUAAACAUAACAUCAUGGAAAACAGAUCACCAGCUUCCACCACGAGCAAAAAAAGGGCUCAAUGGACUUCGGAACAGAUGGAAAACGCUGUUAAAAUGGUACAAAGGGGUAUACUAUCAACAUAUGCUGCUGCAGCCAGAUACAACAUCCCAAGAAGAACCCUACGCAACCAUCUAGCGAGUGGUUCGACUUCACGAAAGCUGGGUCGAUCGGCUAUAUUGACGCCAGAACAAGAAGCUGGACUUGUCAGAAGAAUUAUACGUUUAGCUGAUGUUGGAGUGCCGAUGACCUCAAAGAUGUUGCGCGUACAGGCUUUUUCAUUUUGUAAAAUUAAGAAGAUUCCAAAUACUUUCAAAGAUUCCAAAAAUGCUGCUGGGAAGAAAUGGUUGAGGUUAUUUCUCAAACGACACCCUGAAUUGGCACGUCGCAAAGCACAGAUGAUGAAUCCAGCUCGCGCUCAAAAAUUAAAUAAAGAUAUUGUUAGCGAUCACUUUUCCAAGUACAAAAGCGUGCUGGAUAGGCUUGGAAUUGAACAUAAACCUGAAAGCAUUUAUAACGUCGAUGAAAAAAAUUGUCGCAUAUCUUUGCACCAUCAGCAGGAAGUUUUGACAGCCAAAGGGCGAAAGAGAGUCCAUCAAAUAGCGAAUGAGCAUGCCGAAAGUGUGACAGUGGUAGGCUGCGGAAAUGCUAUAGGAUCAGCUAUUCCGCCAAUGAUUCUGUUCAAAGGCAAGAGACUAAAGCCAGAAUUCCAAGAUAAUUUACCUCCAGGCUCUCUGGUGAAGAUGACGCCAAAAGGCAGUAUGACGACAGAAACUUUCAUAGAUUUCAUUAAUCAUUUGAAUAAAUACAGAACCUCAGGGCCAUGUCUCCUCAUAUUUGACGGUGCAAAAUGCCACCUUGACUUUACUAUUGUCGAGGAAGCAGAGAAAUGUGGCAUUACUUUGUAUUGUCUGCCUUCUAAUACCACACAUGAGUUACAGCCCAUGGAUAAAUCUGUUUAUCGUUCUUUUGAGCACCAUUGGGACCAAGAGUUGAUUAAAUACGUCAGUCAGCAUCCCGAACGAACCCUUAACAAGACAAGCUUCAAUGUCAUUCUCUCGCAAGUAUGGCCGAAAUGUAUGACUAUUAACAAUAUCUCAAAUGGGUUUCGCGCUACAGGGUUGUAUCCAUAUAAUCCAGAUGCUAUUCCUGAAGAGGCGUUUGCGCCCUCUGCGCUGUCGGAACUUCCAAACCCUACAAACAUUGAGAAUAUUGCUGAUGAAUCGGAGGCACAAGAGAUCUCAACUGCAAAUGUGGAAGAUUCAGAUGGGUCAAGCACAGAUACUGAGAAUUUACCACUGUCCUUGCUCUCAAAAAACCAUCCAAAUGCUGUAACUCCAAAUAAGAUUGACAAUCCAUCAACCACAUGUGAGAUUCAUGAAUUUUUACCAACUCCUAAGUUUAAAGUUAAAUCGACCGCUCCGCGCAAGAAGUCUCUGAAUUACAGGGCUCAAGAGGUAACAAAAGAUUUGUUUGGUGACAGUGCUACCAAUCCCACAUCACAGGUUACUGUACCAUCGUCAAGAGUAGAUAAUGUUCCUGGAACUUCUUCCAUGAUAGGAAAAGAAACAAAGACACCAAAGUCAGAGUCAGUUAUUGGCUGUACAUCUGCACAACCUGGAGUUGCGGCAAAGCAAAAGCGAACCUCAGUAAAAUCGCGUCACGAUAGUAACCCUUCUUGGUACUGCCCAGCUUGUAAAGAAGAUCGAGUUGAUGAUAUGCGACAAUGUCUUUCUUGUGGCGUUUGGUAUCAUGAGCUAUGCGUUGGACUCACACCCACUGAUAAAAUAUUUUACUGUUCAGGAGAUUGUUUAAAAAAAAAGAUGAAAAAGGCUGAUUAAUAUACUACAUUUACAUAAUAAGAAACUCAUUAAGUCUGAUCUAAAAUGACCAAAAGUAAUUAAUAUGAUCUCAUUAGAUUUAAUAUAAGUAUUGAUAACGUUUUGCGUUAAUUAAAAAGUUAAGUGCUUAUUUGCUUUAAUUAUGGCUUUAUUAAGACACGGGGUUCCCAAUAAGGCCAAAUUGACAUUUUAGUUAUUUGUGUUCACAAAAGUUAGAUUUUUGUUUCUUAAGUAAUUUUGUUUCAUUUAUUACAAAGUUUAAUAAAUAAAUAUAAGUAUUUCAAAUUA